GAGUAAAACUAGAUAACACAGUUUGUCCAUGCAUUGACAACUAAUAACAUCUACCUGUUAAAAGUGAAAGAAAUAGUUUAAUAUUUGAAAAAAACGGUAAAAAAAUCAAUAUGGCUGACACGGGACAGGAAAAUAAAGGGGUUGACAACCCUACAGCUACUACAGACGAUGGAACACCUGCAAGACCGGACUUAGUUAUCAGUGUACAGCCAAUGCAGGGAACAAAUCGUGCCCAGCUACCUGUGUCUACAGUUGACUGGCGCACCAACAGCCGAGGCCAGUUCAUCCCCAUACAUGGAUUGGAGUUCCUCAUUGGAGUCUCCAGUCUGCUCAUACAACAAACAGUGGAACUCACUGAUCUGACAUCAAAAAUCGAGUCAGAAAACAGAUACAUAGUGCGAGUGCCCAAUGGCGAAGCGUUGUACAUAGCGAGCGAGACCUCAAGUUCCACCCAGCGCUGCCUCUGUGGGACAGGGCGAGCAUUCACUCUUCAUCUCCAUGACAACACACGGCAAGAAGCCAUGGUGUUCAGAAGACGACUGGCUGCUGCAUCGUGUUGCUUCCCUUGUAGAUUGCAGGAGAUAAAAGUGAUAACACCACCCGGAGACUACGUGGGUCGCGUCCAACAGCAAUGUACGUGGAUGGUGCCCUUCUUCAAAGUUAAGGACGCCAACGAACAAGUGCUGUUCGCCAUCGAAGGUCCAGAUGUCUUGCUGAGAAGUGCUCUCAUCCUUUCAGAAUUCAAGAUAAUGACAAGUGAUUGCCUCCGCCAAGUGGGCAGAAUAGCCCACGGGUGGGACAGAGACCUGAACAGUUUCACCACUACACUCCAAGUACCUGACGCAGCCGUGCAGCCGAAACACAAAGCCUUGCUGCUGGCUGCUGCCUUUCUUCUGGAAUACACUUACUUCGAAAGGUCUAAAAACAGUUGCUGCAGGUUUAAUUGCUGUUAAAUACAAAUACCUAAGAUUUUUAUACAACGUAUUUUUGAUAUUCAUAGCAUAAAUAGGUACA